CAAAAUCAAAACCUUCAUUCAUAGACAAAAUUGAAAUUCUUCGAAACUCGCAAAAAUUAGGGUAGAAAAUUGAUAUAGCUCUGUGUAUAAAUAUACGAACUUUUUGAAUUUCCGUUUCUGGAUUCGUUAGGGUUUCUUUUCCGGUCUGCCAUGUCGUCGGCGACGGUGGAGUAUUUCCGGCCAAAAAUCCACACUCGGUUCUACUUACAUUCCAAUCCCAAUCACAACAGAUUGGGCUUCUUCUUCCUUCAAUCUAGGGUUUUGAACCCCGACGCAAAACGCCGCCUUUCGGCCGCGGCGCCGCUCCCGACAGCUCUGAGAGUCUCGGAGAAAAGCUUCGGGCUUGGCCGGAGGUUGAGGACGGUUAGGGUUUUGGCGAGCGGGCCGGAGGGCGAUUCCGGCGAGAAGAGCGAGGCCGGGGAAAGCCAGGGGAGUGUGAGCAGCGAGACGCCGGCGCCGAGUCCGAGCUCGCCGGCGGCGUCGAAUCCGAGGAGAGGAGAGAAGCAGAAGAAGGAGAGCUGGUGGUUUUCGAAGGGUGGGAAAUGGAAGUGGCAGCCGAUUGUUCAGGCUCAGGAGAUUGGGAUUCUGUUGCUGCAGUUAGGGAUUGUGAUUUUCGUUAUGCGGUUGCUCCGGCCCGGAAUAUCGUUACCCGGGUCCGACCCGAGGCCGCCGACGACGUUUAUUAGUGUGCCGUAUAGUGACUUUUUGAGUAAGAUUAAUACUAACCAGGUGCAGAAGGUGGAGGUGGAUGGGGUUCAUGUGAUGUUUAAGCUGAAAUCGGAGCCAGCUAGUGGUGAGGUGGUGAGUGAGGUGAUGAGUGCUAGUGGUGGUUUUAGUAAGCAGGAGUCGGAGGCUUUGAUGAGUGCGGUGCCGGCGAGGAGGGUGGUGUAUACUACUACUAGGCCGACUGAUAUCAAGACGCCGUAUGAGAAGAUGCUUGAGAAUGAGGUGGAGUUUGGGUCGCCGGAUAAGCGCUCCGGCGGAUUCAUGAACUCUGCAAUGAUAGCUCUGUUUUAUGUUGCUGUGCUUGCAGGGCUUCUCCACCGGUUCCCUGUAAGCUUUACUCAGCAUACAGCUGGUCAGAUUAGGAAUAGGAAACCCGGUGGCUCUGGUGGUGUGAAAACAUCUGAACCCUCGGAAGCAAUAACCUUUGCUGAUGUUGCUGGCGUUGACGAGGCUAAAGAGGAGCUAGAGGAGAUUGUGGAAUUUCUUCGGAAUCCAGACAGGUAUAUACGACUUGGUGCUCGUCCUCCCCGUGGUGUUCUGUUGGUGGGUCUUCCUGGGACAGGUAAGACUCUUCUUGCAAAGGCUGUGGCUGGGGAAGCUGAAGUACCCUUCAUAAGUUGCUCUGCUAGUGAGUUUGUAGAGCUGUAUGUUGGCAUGGGUGCCUCUCGUGUAAGGGAUCUAUUUGCGCGCGCCAAAAAGGAAGCGCCAUCAAUAAUAUUUAUUGAUGAGAUAGAUGCUGUGGCAAAAAGUCGUGAUGGGAAACACCGCAUUGUUAGUAAUGAUGAGAGAGAACAAACAUUGAAUCAGUUGCUCACUGAGAUGGAUGGGUUUGACAGCAACUCGGCGGUUAUUGUUCUUGGAGCUACAAAUCGUGCAGAUGUUUUAGACCCGGCACUUCGUCGACCAGGGAGAUUCGAUCGUGUUGUUAUGGUGGAAACGCCUGAUAGGAUUGGAAGAGAAUCAAUUCUCAAAGUGCAUGUUUCCAAAAAGGAACUUCCUUUAGCUAAAGACGUUUACCUUGGUGACAUUGCUUCUAUGACCACAGGCUUUACUGGGGCUGAUCUUGCAAAUUUGGUGAAUGAAGCUGCUUUGUUGGCCGGAAGAGAAAGCAAGGUGGUUGUGGAAAGGAUUGAUUUCAUUCAGGCUGUGGAGAGAUCAAUAGCUAUGGCAUCGGUGCAUAGUGCCUUAACAUCAGUUGUUUGCAAGAAUGGCACUCACUCUUCGCCUGCAAAGUUCCCCACUACUCCCUUCUUGUCUGGGUUUGAUGUUGUGGGGCGUCUUUCAAGCCCAUUUAAGAAGGAGAUAUGUCUGAGUUCCAUCAGCUCAGGUCCUAAGGCUACUUUAACUUUUGAUCCUCCAGCGACCAAUCCAGAGAAGGCCAAGUUACCUAAUCUACCUAGGCAUACAAUUGAUCCCGAUUCUCCUGAUUUCCUGCCUCUCCCAUCAUUCGAACAGUGUUUUCCAAAGAGCACAAAAGAACAGAGGGAAGUCAUUCAUGAAGAAACUGGUCAUGUGCUCAAAGUUCCUUUUCGACGAGUUCACCUGUCUGGAGAUGAACCAGCCUUUGAUAACUAUGACACCAGUGGUCCGCAAAACAUUAACCCACGUGUUGGCCUCCCUCCGCUAAGGAAAGAUUGGGUUGACAGGCGAGAGAAGUUGGGCACGCCAAGAUACACUCAGAUGUACUAUGCUAAGCAGGGAAUUAUCACUGAGGAAAUGUUGUAUUGUGCCACCCGAGAGAAGCUUGAUCCAGAGUUUGUGAGAUCAGAAGUGGCUCGCGGGAGGGCAAUUAUCCCUUCCAAUAAGAAGCACUUGGAGCUGGAGCCAAUGAUUGUUGGGAGAAAGUUUCUGGUCAAAGUUAAUGCAAACAUAGGAAACUCUGCUGUUGCCAGCUCUAUCGAAGAGGAAGUUUAUAAGGUCCAAUGGGCGACUAUGUGGGGUGCUGACACUGUUAUGGACCUCUCUACUGGUCGCCAUAUUCAUGAGACGCGUGAGUGGAUCUUACGAAACUCUGCUGUACCAGUAGGGACUGUACCCAUCUAUCAAGCACUUGAAAAGGUAGAUGGAAUCGCAGAAAAUCUUAACUGGGAAGUGUUCAGACAAACUCUGAUUGAACAAGCUGAGCAGGGUGUAGAUUACUUCACCAUCCAUGCUGGGGUUCUUCUACGGUACAUCCCACUAACAGCAAAGCGAAUGACAGGAAUUGUCUCACGAGGUGGAUCCAUUCAUGCAAAAUGGUGCUUAGCUUAUCAUAAAGAGAAUUUUGCUUAUGAGCACUGGGAUGACAUACUUGACAUCUGCAAUCAAUAUGAUGUGGCCCUGUCAAUAGGUGAUGGGCUGAGACCUGGUUCCAUUUAUGAUGCCAAUGAUACUGCACAGUUUGCUGAGCUCUUAACUCAGGGAGAACUGACCCGUAGGGCAUGGGAAAAAGAUGUACAGGUAAUGAAUGAAGGACCUGGACAUGUUCCGAUGCAUAAGAUUCCUGAGAACAUGGCAAAGCAGCUGGAAUGGUGUAAUGAAGCGCCUUUCUACACUCUUGGUCCUUUGACAACCGAUAUUGCUCCUGGAUAUGAUCACAUCACCUCUGCCAUUGGUGCUGCCAAUAUUGGCGCUCUAGGCACUGCCCUUCUCUGCUAUGUAACCCCUAAAGAGCAUCUUGGGUUGCCCAAUCGGGAUGAUGUGAAAGCUGGAGUUAUAGCAUAUAAGAUUGCUGCUCAUGCUGCUGAUCUAGCCAAAGGUCAUCCACAUGCCCAAGAGUGGGAUGACGCAUUAAGCAAGGCAAGGUUCGAAUUCAGGUGGAGAGACCAAUUUGCUUUGUCUCUAGACCCUAUGACCGCCAUGUCCUUCCAUGAUGAAACCUUGCCUGCAGAAGGUGCCAAGGUGGCCCACUUUUGUUCAAUGUGUGGUCCUAAGUUCUGCUCUAUGAAGAUAACAGAGGAUGUUAGGAAGUAUGCUGAGGAGCAUGGUUAUGGAACUGCCGAGGAAGCUGUGAAGCAUGGUAUGGAUGCCAUGAGUGCUGAGUUUCUUGCUGCCAAGAAAAUUGUCAGUGGAGAACAACAUGGCGAAAUUGGGGGAGAAAUUUACUUGCCAGAAAGUUAUGUAAACUCCGCAGAAAGGUGAAGGAUGAUAUAAAGCAGAGAAUAACUGGAACCAGUUUGACAACACUGGAGGCUUUCAUCCGUGAUUGGCUUUUCCAGAAUGGAGAUCUUAGGUUUUCAUUUUCAUUAUGUGGUAUAGACCAGUAGUUGGGUGUGUUUAGUACUUUUGAAGACUUUGAUCUGUCUUUUUAAUUUUUCUGCUUUUGCAUGUGUUUCUCUUUAAUAAAAUGCUUCCUUCAUGAUGCAUAGA